UUCUUCUUCGUUGGUGCACUUGCCCGCAAAGGGAAGUGUCCUCCACAGUGUCAUUGUAGCUUUCUCGAGGUUGAACAUCCAGAAAUAAACAAUGUCUGGGUAUACACCAGACGAGAAGCUCCGUCUCGAGCAGCUUCGAAAGCUCCGGAGGCAGUGGCUGAAGGACCAGGAGCUCAGCCCGAGGGAGCCCGUGGUACAAGCUAAACCCCCCGGUGCCGUCGCCAAAUUCUGGGCUGGCUUCCUGGAGCCCAAGAGCCUGUGGAGGCUUUACACCUACAAAGUAUACAAAGGUGGAGUUUUCACAUUAACCCGGCUGUUGAUACCUGCUUGGAUUGGUCACUACUACAUGAAAUACCACAUUCUUCAAAGACCAUAUGGCAUUGUGGAAUUAAAACCCAGGCUGUUCCCAGGUGACACCAUUCUGGAGACGGGUGAAGUUCUUCCAGAUCUCCCUGAGACCCAUGGUCAUCACUGAAGUUGAAAUAUUUCAAUAAUUUUCUUCAGUUUUUGUUGUACAAACUGUGUAUAUGCCAAUAAAAUAUUACAAAGUAA